AUGGUUUUAAAUGAAUACCUGCAUCAUCUUAAAUCUGUUCUAGAUGCACAACGAGACUUCAUUGCAUCAUUGAGUGCCAGAGACUGGAACACUCGUGAUGCAUCUAGUGGUAGCGAGACAGAUUAUGAGAGUAACGCUGGCAGCAAAUCACCAUGGCCUGAAGCAGAAGCAUGGAGGUCUGCCACUGCUGAGGCUACGGAAGACCAGGUCAAGGUACACUCCCAGAUCCGCUAUGUCAAGCGGGAGUUUACCUGGUCGAAACUGAGAGCAGGUGAUUUCGUCUCCAUCAUGAAGCUCAUGAAAAAUAUCCUCGUGCCCAUCACUGGGAUGGAGACAGUCGUGCAGCUAGUACAUCGAGUGGAAAGGCUUGGUGGAUGGAACUCCAUUGAGGCAAAUAGAGCGACGCCAGACUUCGGAUCUACAACACCCGGCGACAUACCUAUCGAAAGCGAAAAGGAGCUCUGGAAGAGAUUUUUCGUGAACUUAUCUGCAUCGACGCACGACAUAUGGGAAGCCAUGCUCCAAGGACUUGACUACGCAUUCUUUACUCUUCAGAUUACUCGAAAACCUGCAUUUUCAACCAAAGAGGACUUUCUUGCAAGAGGCGCCACAGCGGAAGGCGGAGGAUUUGCGACAUUUCUAGAACAAACCAUCCAAGACUUCCUAACCGCGAGGGAAGAGCCGUUGAAAGAGUGGUGUCGCCUGACUGGUCAGGAUGGUGUUCCCGGUGCAACAUCCAAAAACCCACUUAGUCAACGACAUCAAUCUCAAUUGUAUCUCAUUUUGAAUAUUGAAUACUGCAUCGUUACUACCGCGAAAGCAAUCCUCGACCUCGUACGCUUUGCUGAUUUGAAGGUCACUGAUGGCACGAUGGCGAAGAAACGGUUGAUCGUGCCGACUCUGAAGCAAAUGAAGAAAUGGGGGAAAUCAUUAUUCACCCGCGAGGACAGCAAUCUGGAUUAUCAGACUUACAGUUAUCGCAGUGGAACUCCGACCGUGCACCUAGGCGAUGCGCUGGGUGUGACUAGAGACCCGGAACAUCUCCCUCCAACCAAUCUUUACGAACGCGUAACGGACCAGUUUCGCGUUAUACCUAAGGUUCUUGGUUCCGGCGAGUCCUGGUUCGGGUUCAAGGUGGCUUCGGGAACCAUGUUCAUUGCCAUCACUUGCUUUUUAAGGAACUCGCAAGAAUUCUACAUCAAACAACGUAUCAUAUGGGGUUCAAUCAUGGUCUCCAUCAGUAUGUCACAAACAGCAGGGUCUGGCUUAUAUGGGCAGUUCGUCCGCAUAUUCGGCACCUUCCUGGCCAUGGUCUUCUCUUAUAUUGAUUGGUAUAUUGUCGACGGGCAUACCGCUGGGGUAAUUGUCUUUCUUGGCAUUACUAUGUUUCUCUACCACUAUCUAUUAGUGACGAAGCCCGAUGACCCUGUCAUACCUAUGAUCGGAAUGAUCACAGUUAUACUGAUCGUCGGGUACGAACUUCAGGUAAAACAAGUCGGAGAAGCUAUUUCCAUCUCCAAUGGGCAAGUGUUUCACCCGGUAUAUGAGCUGGCCCCUUACAGGUUGGCCGCCGUUCUCGGAGGUGUUGGUGUCGCCUCAUUCUUGAGUUAUUUUCCGACAGUGAACACUGCAAGAGCUGAGAUGAGAAAAGAUCUCGGAAAGACUGAAUACCUACUUGGCCAAUAUUAUAGCUCCACGCACAAGGCAGUGGUACUCCGAUUGAGAGACCUCGGCGGAGAUCCGGCAGAUAAAUCCAGUCCGAUCAGAAGGGUUGAGAAGGCCCGAAACAAGCUGUUUGCGAAACAGCUCAUCCUCAUUCAAGGCAUGAAGAAUCAUUUACAUUUCAUGAGAUGGGAACCGACUUUUGGGGGUAAGUUCCCGAGAGACACAUAUGAACGAUUGCUAGACCGCACUCGAAAUAUUCUGCGCUUUACCGCAAUGAUAGCCUUCGUCACCAAAACCUUCAAAGAGCUGCCAGAGGACACACAUACGAACAGUAUAGCCGCAACUACUCUGUCCACUGAUAGUACCUGGGCGAAGGACUUCAAGGAAGUGAUGUCCACAAUUGAAAUCACAUCUCAUGGAGUGACCUCUCUGCUUGCCAUCCUCUCCGGAGCAAUAACUUCAGGACGCCCACUUCCCCCAUAUCUUCGAACGCCGGAGCCCUACCACCUAGGCGAAGCCUUGGAUGGAGUCGAGACUGAUAUUCUGAACACCAAGCACGUCUGCGAGCCUGGCUAUUCAGCCUUUGCAGUCAUGCAGCUGAGCACAACGAUGCUGGCUGAGGAUCUUGCAGGGCUCUUGGAGGACACGAAGCUACUCGUUGGAGAAGCCGAGUUCAAUCUUGAUAUUGUGCAGGACGACUACGAGAAGAGCGUUGGGACUAAUUUUGUACCGUCUACUAUAUUUGCUUCGAAAAAGGAGGAGUGA